AUGGCAGAAUCGCUGAAAGAAUCGUUAUGCUAGCCAUGCUUGGCUCAAUCGGGAUGACCAUGAUCAUCCUGGCCUGUGCACUUCCGACUUACAACCUUUGGUGGCCGAUUUUUGUAGUACUCUUCUACAUAUUAUGCCCUAUACCGACAAUGAUUGCGAAGAGAAGCCAAAAUGCCGACGACGGCGUGCGUGCGCCUAAUGCAAUGUUUGCUACAAUCGGAAUCGUUCUCAGCAGCUUUGCUUUGCCAAUAGUUCUGGCUCGAGCCAGCGUGAUACAAUGGGGCGCUUGUUUGCUAACGCUGGCUGGAAAUGCCGUCGCGUACACGUCCUUUUUGGCGUAUUACUUCGGCUUCGAAUCGGGUGACUCAAGUAUGUGGUGAAGCGAUGAAACUGGAGCCACCGGUAUCAAUCAUAUUCCAUAAUCCAAAUAUGCCUCCGAAAACAACGUAAGUCGCAGCAAGUAAUGCUAGAAAUUUGAUUACUCUGGUUUCGGAUUAUUUUUUACCGCUGUGCGCUCACACGGCCGUGCAAAUGUCGUAUUCCUUGCAAGAGAGUGCUUUGAAAUAAGAGAUAAUCCUCACCAUUACCGUGCUCUGUGGAUUUGCUGUUAUGAAUCUGAUUUGAGUGAAACGAGGGUCAUUUUGUCAGGACUUAAUGUAUAAAUUAUUUAACCAUUCUUACCGAAGGAUCAUUCAAUAAAAUACGAAAACUAGAAUUAUUAUUUCACAAAUUCUUC